AUGGGACCACUUGAACCAAAUACACCAAAAAUGAAUAAUAACAACAACAAUAAUAAUAAUAGUAAUAACAAUGAAAAUACCAAUACAAAUAUUAAUAGUGUUUCAAAUAUAAUUAAUCAUAGUUUUAAUAAUAACAAUAGUAAUAGUAAUAAUAACAUCAAUAAUAACAACAAUAACAAUAGUAACAGUAAUAAUAUUUUGGCUUAUCAGAGUUUAGUUUCAUUAAAGCAAUUGAAUAAUCAAAAAUUUUAUAACAGUGGUAGUAGUGGUAUAAUAGAAGGAAAAUUUUUUAAUAAUAAUAAUAAUAAUAAUAAUAAUAUUAAUAAUUAUAAUAGUAAUAAUUAUAAUAAUAAUAAUAGUAAUAAUUCUGAAGAAACUAAAAAUUCAAUUAAUUUACCAUUCCCUUUAGCUACUCAAACUACUACUACCUAUAACGGAAAUGGAGGCUAUCAUAGCUCAUAUAGCAACUCAUCAACUGUUUUAAAUAAUAAUAAUCAAUUUUCUUUUAGCUCCUAUAGUAAUGGUAAUAAUAGCAGCAACAACAAUAAUAAUAGUUCAUAUUCUCAUAACAAUCAAUAUUAUCAACAAGAAUACGCGCAAAUAAUUAAAAAUGUUUAUGGCGGUAAUAACAACAAUAACGGAGGAAUCGCUCCAUCACCAUCACAAUUACCAAUUGGCAGUAAUGUACAUGAUUAUUCAACAUCUUAUAGCCACAGUGGUUCGAUUAAUCAUUUAAAUCCAUUAUAUAGUCAAACAUCACCAACCUCAUCACCAAUUUUAUCACCUUCAUCAACAUCACAAUUUUCCUUAAAUAUAUCAACAAACCAAACAAACAUGAGUACAAAUACAUCUUUUUUAUCAUCAUCACCACCUUUAGUUCAAGAUUUCGAUAGAGAGAUUAAAAGAAAGUCAAAUUUAAAGUCUAGUCAAUCAAUGACUCAUUUAUCAUCACUUGCAUCUGCACCAUACCACCAAUCAUAUACUUUUCCACUUAGAGAGUCUUAUAAUAAUGGCUGGUCAGUUCAAACAACUACUUUUUCAAUGAUGCCAAAUAGUAAUAACAAUAAUAGUAAUCUUUUUAAUUCAAGUAUCAGUGAGUCAAUUAAAAGAAGUAAAAGUGAUAGUAAUAUACAUGCUUAUGAUACCCUUAUUUCACCAAGAAGUAGCGGUCCAAACUCUGGAUCCAAUACCCCAAUCACAUCUUCAUCUCAACCUCCACCUUUUAUUUCCAUGAACUCGCCAAUUUUAAAAUCAAUUUCACAAGAAUUUAGUCAAUCCAAUACACAAAGUAUAUCAUCAUCAAAUGUUUUUUUAAAUAAAUCAGUUUCAUCAAUUAAUAAUAAUAAUAGUCAACAAUCAUCACAAAAACCAUUGGCUUCAUCUUUACCAUCUAUAACCACUAUUUCAGAAAAACCUGUUGAAUGCGAACAAUUUUCUGUACCAUUGGAAAUUUUUGAAGAGUGGAUGGAAGCAGAGGGUUUUAUUAAUGGUGUAACAUAUAUUAAAAGUGGUGGUAAGGUUAUUGGUGCUCAUGCUGAUCGUAAAACUUUAGGUCUUAAAGCAGAAUAUGAAAAACCAAAAGCUACUCACAGAAGAACUAAAAGAGAACUUUUAUGGACCCAAAAAUAUGUUUGCUCAAGAGCUGGCUCACCCAAACAAGUUCCAAAAUCAAAAAAGAAAGCUGCUACUGCUACCAAUAGCACUACUGAGGAUACCACUCCAGCUAGUACUGAUACUACCCCCACUGAAAACAAUGAAGAACUUGAAAUCGAUUUAAAUGAAGAUUCAAAAAAUAAGAAAAAGAAAAUAAUUUCAAAAAAAUGUGGAUGUCAAUGUAAAAUUGUUAUUUCAGUAUACGCUGAUGAUAAAACCUAUGCCGUGGUUAGAAAAAUUGCAGACCAUUCGGUUCAUAUGACCCAACAAGAGAUGGCAUCAGCAAGAUUAAAACAAUUUGAACUACAUAAACGUUUUCAAUUAAUUUAUCCAAAUCAACAAUUAAUUCAAUCAAAUAUAAAUAUUAAUAACAACAAUAACAACAAUAACAACAAUAACAAUAAUAACAAUAAUAACAAUAAUAAUAGUAAUAGCAACACUAAUAGUAAUAACAAUAACAAUAGUAGCAACACCCAAACCAUUUUACCACCAUCAAUUCAAUUAUUUAAUCAACAAAACAUUAGUAAUAAUAGUAGUAAUAUUAAUUUAUUAACUUCAUUAUUAACAAAUAGCACACCACCUUCAAUAUUAUCAUCGUCAAACCCAAGUCCCAUAGGUUUAUCCAAUUCCUCUUCUAGUUUAUCAAAUAUAACUAUCCAACCAUUACAACUCUCAUCCUCAUUAAGCCAACUUACAUCAUCUUUAGCCUCCUUAACAUCUUCAUUAAACUCAAAUAUACCACAACUUAACAAUAACAACAAUAAUCAUAGUGAUAAAAAUGAUGAAAAAAUCCCAUCACUACAAUCAACUAUAAACAUGUUACCACCACAACAAAUUCCAACAACAUCAUCACAAUACCAAAUUUAUCAACAACAAUUAAAUCAAUCAAAUAACGGACUUGGUCUUUUUAAUUUAAAUACCGCUCAAUUCUCUUCACCAUCAUCACCAAUUGACGAUGAGGUUUCACCUGCACAAAGUAACAAUAGCUCACCUUCUAAAUCCUUAACCUCUUCUUUCUCCUCCUCUUCAUUAUCAGCUUUAGCAAAAGGUUUACAUAUUAAUAACAAUUUUUCAGAAUAUUAA